AAGGAAUCUUGGCGACUACGGAAAACGAAAGUCGAUGAGGACAAACCACCGUCACCUGCGAGGGCUGUGUUUGUUCCCGUGAAGAAUGACGAACACGUAUAGGGAUUCAGGCAGGGCAGGCCUGGAAGAUGAGGAGGAGUUUGUGGAUAUAUUGGAUGAGAGGAGGCGAGGCAGUGAUCUCGGUCAUGCCUUCAGGACCUUUAACCCCCACCCCUACCAAGGAGCCCCACCUUGCUCCGCGGCUGAUCUCAGCAAAACCGUGCUUGAAUCCCAGUAUCUAAGCUAUGUGGCCAAAGAGAUCGCCAUGGAGACGGGCUCGUCGGUGGAGGAGGUGAGAGAGGCAGCUCAUGGGAUUUUGGAGGAAAUGUCUCAAAACCUGCAGCUGGGGUUUAUCAGGUUGAUGGGCUACACGUUCACCAAGGUGUUCAAGAGACUCUUCACCAGCAUCUUUGUCAACAUGGACGGCCUCAACAUGCUUCAACAAGCCGUUCAGGAGACUCCUGUGAUCCUGAUGCCCAAUCACAGGAGUUAUGUGGACUUCUUAAUCAUCUCCUACAUCCUGUUCACCUACGACAUCCCUUUACCUGUUAUUGCUGCAGGAAUUCCUCUUGCAGGGAUGAAGAUGGUAGGAGAGAUACUGCGUCGCUCUGGAGCUUUCUUUAUCCGACGUGCCAUUGGCUCGGACAAACUGUACUGGGCAGUGCUGUCAGAAUAUGUGAAAACCAUUGUCAGGAGAGGAUAUGCUCCUAUGGAGUUUUAUGUGGAAGGAUUUAGGAGUCGCACACUGAAGUCCCUGACGCCUAAGUUAGGUAUGAUGCACAUGGUGCUGGAGCCCUACUUUAAAGGUGAGCUGUUUGACAUCUCAUUGGUGCCCAUCAGCAUCAGCUACGACCGAGUGCUGGAGGAGUCGCUGCUUGCCCACGAGUUACUGGGUGUCCCCAAACCCAAAGAAAGCACCACAGGUCUGCUGAAGGCCAGCAAAGUUCUCCGGGAAGAUUACGGCACCAUGCAUGUGAACUUUGGCCGCCCUCUGUCAGUCAGACAGCUGUGUCAGGGCAAGAUAAACCGCUGCCAGUACAAUCUCAUACCCAGAGAUCUUCCUCAGAAGCCCACUGCAGAGGCGCAGGCCUGCGUGAACUGGCUGGCUCAUCUGAUGGUACGAACCCAAGAAGAGGGCUCUCUGAUCAGCCCGUGGUCCCUGAUGGCCUGUGUGUUGCUCCAAGCUCCUAUCACAGUCUUAACAGAAGAGGGUCUGCUGUGGCAUCAGCUCACAGAAAAAACCCUCUGGCUCAGGAAGCUGGUGCUGGACUACGGCUCUCGUCUGAACUGGCCUGGACGAGCUGCGGACGCAGACGUGAUGUCAUCCACCGUGGCCCUCCAUCGCUCCAUAGUUCACCGUAAAGCAGGGCGUGUCUACCUGGUUCAGGACGAAGAGCCGGCCAGGGAGCGUCCAAUCAGCCCAGAGGAGGGUGUUAUGAGGGUAGCGGCGGCGGUGCUGAUGCUGGCCUCCUAUAGGAAUCAGGCGCUGCACGUUUUUGUGCGUCCGGCCCUGCUCGUGGCGGCCAUACACAUCACAAAGAGCACACGCAGAGACGAGCUCUUCAGCUUCUUCUGCUUCCUGCAGGACCUCUUCUCCCACGAGUUCAUCUUCAUCCCUGACAAGUUAACUGAGGACUUUGAGGAGGCGUGCUUCCUCCUGAAGAAAUGCGGAGCAGUCCACAUCAGUCCGCAGGAAGUGACGCUUUCAGACAUGGGGCUGGAGGUGUUGUCCUUCCUGCAAGCACUACUGCAACCAUUCAUAGAUUCCUAUCAGGUGAUGUUCAGGUACCUAUGUGAAGAUGAAGCUCAUGUGCUCACAGAGAAAGAGUUCCUACCUGCUGUGAGAAACCUGGCUACAAAGCUCAUCCUCUCAGGUGAGCUUCACACCUAUGAAGCUCUUUCAUCUGACACACAAAAAAACGUUUUGUCGGGUCUGCGAAGACUGGAGGCUGUGACAAAGUUGAGGGCGUCUGAGCAGAACGAGUACAAAGUGAACAAAGUGGCCGUUAGAAGAAUCGGGGACAUACUUUCUGGGAAAAUCCCUCCCCACAUGCUCCAGACGACACCUGACGCAAGACUUUAGUCUCCACUGGAACAGAUCCAUCUUCAGUAUCAGCCCACGGUCCCGUUUACCUCUUCUUGACCCUUUCCCUCUUCUCGUCUUCUUCCUCAUCUUUUUUCCUCAGUGCCUUUAUGCAGCCUUCAGUAGAACUGCUGCACCUAAACUCUACACUCUGAGCUCUCAGACACAAUAUUUUAUCCUGGAUGCCAGACUUAACCUGGCUGCAUUCCACUAUUCAACAUUCACUACCUCCCCCUCUCUGCAUCCUUGCUCUCAUCCUUUACAGAUCUGACAGGGAAAAGAUAAGUCUACAAAAACCUGACAUGGUGACCCCAAAGGUGACAGUAUUACUAAUUUAGUUUGAUGGCUAGAAUCAGAACUAGUUGUUGAAGAAAGACAUUUUUUAGAUAGAAAACACGAGGUACUGGCGAUGCCUGUGGAUUGUGACACUGAACUAUAAUUUUUUAAAAAUUUACAUUGUGUUAAUAUAUUUUUAACUUCCCGUCCUAGUUUUGUUAUUGAUUGACAUGACUGAUAGGAUGAAUGAGGAAACAAACAUGUCUAACUAAAAUUGUUUGCUGACAUUUUAAGUGCAAUCAGAUAGAAAACACUGAAUUAUGACACUUGAUUUUAUGUAGAAUUAUAUAGCAGUUAAGGUUUAAAUAGCACAAGGGCACAAGUCCAUAACCCAUCACAAAUAUGUGAGAUUUCAUUUUGUUUGAGACAUUUAUUUCAACUUCUUUACAUCUCAAUAAAUGUAAAAUGAAUGUAACAAA